AUGAUACUGCGUGUUGCGAUUGCUGGUGCCGGUGACCUGGCCAAGUAUCUGGUGGAAGAGCUUCUUACAGCCGGGCAUUCAGUGGUGGUGAUUUCGCGGUCAUGCAAGCCGUGGUAUGAGAGGCCGGACAUCACAUUCCGCACGAGCGAUUACUCGGUUUCCUCGCUCGUUGCAGCGCUUGAGGACUGCGACGCAGUCGUGUCGACAAUUUUGGAUUAUGGCACUGGCGGCGUCGUUCCGCAUCUCAACAUCCUGGAGGCCUGCCAGCAGACCAGCCGGUGCAAGAAAUUCAUCCCGUCUGAGUACGGUGGCGACACGGACCGGUUUCCCGACAUCCCACUGUUCUACGAGGCAUCACACGUCCCUGUUCGGACAGCACUGGCAGCACAGACUGACGUCAAGUGGACGCUGCUGGGCAACGGCUGGCUGAUGGACUACUUCGUGGCAGCAUCACAACGCUACAUCCGCGACAUCAGGGCGUACCACCCGAUUGACUUUGAGACGAACAAGGCGGUGAUUGCGGGCACGGGAGAUGAGCCAGUCUGCUUCACCAGCGUGCGUGACUUGUCCAAGGCUAUUGCGGUGUUGGUUGCUCACGAUGACUGGGACCAGCCGACGACGUUCCUGAUGGGCGAGCGAACGUCCUGGAACGGGAUCGUGAAGACGCUGGCGGCACACGGCCGGAACCUGGAGGUAACGUACCGCUCGCACGAGCAGGUGGUCAAGGAAAGCAUCGGCGACAGUGAGGAGGCGCUGGUGGCACAGUUUGGUGUAUGGUCAAGCUCAGGAUCGUGCGGGCUUCCGGAAGAGCAGCUCGAGAGACAGCGGGCCAAGUUCUUCUCUGCCGUCAAGCUCCGCACUGUGGACGAGUUCCUUAAUGAUGCAGAGAAGGACACCACCAAGCAGGUUAAGAUAUAG